AGUUCCCUCGCAGAACUGAUUCGGGAUCGGUGCUGAGAAUUCAGCUAGGCUGGGAUUUUUUUAACAAACAAUAAAAUGUCUGGAAAUCGCAAGUUGUUGGCUUUGCUGCAGCGGCCUUUCGAACCAACCUUCUACCCCAAGGACGAUGGUAAGACGGUCAUCGAUCUGCCGGAGAACUUUUUCACCGAAAGGUACCGCCCAAUUGGAACCAGUCUGCAGAGCCGAUUCGGAAAUGACGCUGAUACCCGGAUUCCGGUGCGUGCUGGCGCUAUUCCCAACAUUGCUUUUGCUGAGGCUAUUGAUCGUCGCGGAGGAUUUUCGCUGUUCAACAAAAAGCACCGUCAGAUUGCAGGUCAGUUGAUCGAGCUGUUCAUUGGGCAAAGUAAUGUGGAAAAUCUGAUGAGCGCGGCCGCCUAUGCUCGGGAUCGUAUCAAUCCGGUCUUGUUCCAGUAUGCUUUGGCUGUGGCCAUUCAACACCGUCCGGAUACCAAUGAUCUGAACGUGCCCUCGUUCUUGGAGCUGUUCCCUGAUGCAUUUGUCGAUCCAGCUGUGUUCCCCAAACUGCGAGAGGAAGGAUCUGUCGUGCAGCAGGAAAAUCGAAUGACCAUUGACAUCCCGUUGAACUUCACGGCAUCGGAUCGCGAGGAAGAACAACGUUUAGCCUACUUCCGGGAGGAUAUCGGUGUCAAUUUGCACCACUGGCACUGGCAUUUGGUGUAUCCUGGCGAGGGACCGGAUGCGGUUGUGCGCAAGGAUCGUCGCGGAGAGUUGUUCUACUACAUGCAUCAGCAGUUGAUUGCCCGUUACAAUGUGGAACGGUUCUGCGCCCGAUUGGCUCGCGUUAGACCGCUCAACAACCUGCGAGAACCGUUGGCGGAAGGAUACUUCCCCAAGAUUAUCAGAAGUGCCAAUGGGCGUGCUUUCCCACCACGGCCUCAAAAUCAGGUGCUGCGGGACAUUAACCGUGUUGAUGACGAUGUCAUUUUCACCAUUAGCGAUCUGGAACGUUGGGGAGCUCGGAUUGCCGAGAGCAUCGAUGGUGGAUACUAUGUAACGGCCAAUGGACAACGCAUGCCGCUGGAUGAAACUACCGGUAUCGACAUCCUGGGUAACCUCAUGGAACCUUCCUCGCUCUCCGUGAACAGCCAAUACUACGGAAGUUACCACGGCGAUUUGCACAACGUGAUUGCCUACAGCCACGAUCCCGAGAACCGCUUCCUGGAGGGCUACGGCGUGGUUGGAGAGUUCCAAACCGCUAUGCGAGAUCCCACUUUCUAUCGUUUGCACAGCGAAGUUGACAACAUGUUCCACCGGUACAAGGCUACCCUGCAGCCGUAUCCGGCCAAUCAGUUGAACUACAACGGAAUCCAAAUCCAAUCGCUGGCCGCUCAACUUAACCGUGCCAAUGCCCCACCCAAUGUUCUGCUGACCUACUGGCAGCGUACCCAGGUUGAUUUGGCAACCGGGCUUGAUUUUGGACCUCAAGGAAAUGUGUUUGCUGCCUUCACUCAUCUGCAGCACGCACCGUUCAGCUUCCGGAUCGCAGUUAACAACACUAGCGGAUCGAUGCGUCGAGGAACCUGUCGCAUCUUCAUUGGACCUAAAACGGACGAACGUAACAUCCCACUGACCUACCAGGAGCAACGUAUUCUCAUGAUCGAGUUGGAUAAAUUCACCGUUACUUUGAACCCCGGAGUCAACAACAUCGUCCGUCGAUCGGAACAAUCCAGUGUUACCAUUCCGUACGAACGUACCUUCCGGUCGGCUGCACCUUCAAACCAACCGGGAACCGAAGUGUAUCGCUUCUGCAACUGCGGCUGGCCUCAUCACUUGCUGAUCCCUAAGGGUACUGCCGAGGGUAUGCAAUUCGAUCUGUUUGCUAUGAUCUCCGACUAUUCCGGUGACACCGUUAACCAAGAAUUCGAUGAGAACGUCGACUGUAACGAUUCGCACUCUUUCUGUGGACUGCGGGAUCGCCUCUACCCGGAUCGUCGCCCAAUGGGUUAUCCUUUCGAUCGCCGAGCGGCCACCUCAGUUCGUACCCUGCAGGACUUUGUGGGCGCCAACAGGAAUAUGGCGUUGGCCAGUGUGAAUGUGCGGUUCACGAAUACCGUUAUCGCAAGAACUUGAGCUAGGUAAAGUGAUAGAAAUGUUGUAACAAUUGGCUACGGAUUGAAGGAACUGAAUUUUGUUAAAUAAAGCUAUGUUAAGAAAAAUGA